GAUCAGGGGUUGUCAAUUGUCAUAUUUUUGUUAUGAUUUGUAUUUUGCGAAAUUAGUAAUUUGGAUUAUCGAAAGAAAUUAAUGUUUGAUUGAUUUGUAUUUUAGAAAUAGCAAUAAAAUAUAUUGCAACCAUGUUUUUAACAAAUGCUCUACUUAAAAAGGCCAAAAGCAAAAACAUAAUGGUCAUGAUGGAAAGCAUAGUGAGCGGGCACAGGUUCAACACCGUCCGUGAACGAUUAGCAGACAAAUUGGAACUGAUUCGGUUUGAUCCUUUUAUACAGCGUGAAAGCAUUUACAAGGAAAAGAAGAAAAUACGAAGUAUCAAGUAAAACUUGUGGCAUGCAGUAUGUUCAUAAAUUAUUAUUAAAUUCAUAGUUUAGGUAAGAAAUAAAACAAACACACUAUCUUUUAAAUAAUAUAAUUAUAGUACUUUAAAACAAUAAACAAAUCUUUGGAUACAAUGUGUUUUAAUUACUAGCAAAUAAUAAUAUUUUUUUUUUUCAGUUCAUACAGAUUAUAUUAUUCCAUAUAAUAUGAUAAAUUUAGAAUAUAUGCUUUACGUUUCAAUCUUAUACUAAAACAAAUAGGCAAUGUAUAGUCUCUUCCAUCUAUUCCAAACAAUCGGAGUAAAAUAGUUUUUUUUUAUUCUAUUCUUUGCUAGUCAGUUAUUCAGAAUAAAGGUCUUAGCUCAUUUACACGAUACCCUUCCCAUAAAACAAACGCACGGCUCCGCCUAUCGAAGUGACCGCUAGUUGGUCACGCGCUGACAGCUGGCAGAAAGCUCGCUGUCCACGCGAUGACAGUACAGUGUUUAUAACCUGCUUGAGUGGGCCAGCACGCUGUGGAUGCGUGGGCCGCUCGCUUGAGGGGCAUGGUAAGCGACAUAAAACUAAGCCAACAUUUGAAGGUUAAUUUUAUUGUACCGUGCGGGAGCAGUGUCGUGUAAGUGAGCUACGACCUUAAUACUUAAUUUAUUCUUGUGACUCGCCAAUCUGCUAAAAACAUAAAUACUGACUGACUAAUAUAUAAAUGUACAGAUCUGUACCUGGGUCAACCUCGGGGUCUAAAACUUGAGAAUUUGCAUAAAGGUUCUUUCUACAAUGUAGACAUGACCUCCAUGGCACAGUGGUGAACGCUGUGAUCUUAUAAGUGGAAAGUCCCAGGGUUGAUUCCCGACAGGGGCAAUUUAUAAUUUCUAAAGUAGCUAAUAUAGUAGUAAGGUCUGGUGGGAGGCUACAGCCAUGGCUAGUGACCACCCUACCGGCAAAGCCGUGCCGCCAAGCGAUAAGGAGUAUGGGUUUAAUAAAACUGCCAUAUCCUUUCUAAGUUAGUCCACUUCCAUAUAAGACUGUAUUAUCACUUACAACCAGGACAGAUUGCAGUCAAGAGUUAACUUAUAAUAGAAUUAAAAAAUGACUUAUUAUAAGAAAAAAAUAUCAGAAAUUCCAAUAGUGAAAUGUGCCUAAAAAAUAAGCAAGUUUAUUGGAAGUAUGGAAAAAAAAACCAUUUCAAAUAACAUUAACUAAUUAUAGAAGCCAGUUGGAAUAGAUAAAACAGACAGUAUUCAGUAAACUGUAAAAUACACUCAAAUGUGCUCUUAUUAUAAUAUCUUAAAGUGCUAAUAAGGUACUUUAAAAGAAGUCUGUGCCCCACUCAAAUUACGUGCACAAACAAUUUAAACCUCUAUACAAAAGUAGAUACUCCACAUUUUAAACCACUUCUUUUAAUCAUCUCUAGGCUAUUUCGCUGUACUAUAUUUAGAAUUUCCUCUUUAUUUAUUCAUUCCCUAAUUAUCGUCAUACUAUAACAAGUACCUUUUGAAUAGAAGCGACGAAUAUAUCGAAAUAAUAGUAUUAAAUGUGGUCAGUUAAUAGAAAAUAUGAUAAGUAACAAUAGUUUUAUUAAUUUAUAAGUAUUAAAAAUAACCGUACAAAUACUAUCUUAUUGUUUUCUUAUAGGGCUAAGGACAUAUCUAACGGGAAAAUGUGAGGAGCUUAAGGCCGCGCUCAUUUUAUAUGCGUUUACGACUUACGUACGUAAUUUAGACGUGCGAACACGUGCGAUAAAGCACGAACGAUCACGAUCUUUCAAGUACUCAGGAGCGAUAGUUACGGCCGUAUUAACAAAUGUUAGUAUGAGGUCUCACAGUGCGCUCGAACGCAUAGUGUAGGUUCCACCAAUCAGAUCAUUGUAAAUUGACGUGAUACAGUCAUCUGAUUGGUGGAACGGACACUGUGCGUUCGAGCGCACUAUGAGACCUCAUAGUAACGUUUGUGAAUACGAGUGUUAAUCGUACAUUCUACCAAAGUGUGAGCGCUGCCAGUACUGGAAAUAUUGGGAUCAUUCGUGCCUUUUCGUACGUGUUCGCACGACUGAAUUUCAUACGAAAACGCAUACAAAGUGUGCGCGGCAUUAUUUUAAUCUUUUCCGUGCAGACAUGGCACUCUUAAUGCAAUCAUAAUAAUAUUUCAUUGUUACGGAAUUCCGCUAGAUGUGUUCUUAGCCUAAGAUAGAGUAGGAAAUGAUGUUUAUAAAAGAUCAAAUAUAUACAGGGUGUAUUUUCUUGUAAUAUUUUUUUAACAUUUAAUAUACGUAAUUACAAUUAUUAGAGUCUAGAUGCUUAUAAUUAUUCUCACUAUUUUUAUUUACCUAUAGGUAUUAUAUAAAUACAACAAACACAAUAAAGUGUAAUCCACACCAGAGCCAUAUACUUAGGUGCUUAUUUUAUUUAU